AUGGAAAUUAGGAGAGAAGAUGAAAUUCAAGACAUUUCAUUAUCUCCCUCAACCAUGCAAAUUACAAACACCAAUGCCUUAGGAGGCCAUAACAUUAUUGAUUUCAUCUCACAACCUUCCAUAAAAAAUAACCACUCUGAGGUUAGCAUUCAAAUUCAGACUUGUGAUACCAGUAGAAGUUGCCCACUUCCAAUUUUUCUCAAGUUUGAGGAUGUGGAAUACAAAGUGAGGAAUAAGCAAGGGUCCACCAAGAACAACCCAUUGAAGGCAGUGAUAUCAAAGGUUGGCUCACAAAUCAAAAUGGACCAACAAGACAGCUACAAGAAGAUUUUAAAGGGCAUAACAGGAAGGGUUGGGCCAGGGGAAAUACUUGCUUUAAUGGGUGCUUCAGGCAGUGGCAAAACAACAUUACUGAAAGUGAUUGGAGGAAGAGUACUUGACAAUGUCAAAGGAAAUAUUACUUACAAUGACAUUCCAUAUACUGCUGCUCUUAAAAGAAGAAUUGGUUUCGUGACUCAAGACGACGUUCUAUUCCCACAAUUGACGGUUGAAGAGACCUUACUUGUCUCAGCAUUUCUUCGGCUACCGAGUAAUAUGAACCGACAGCAAAAGUACGAGAGAGUUGACAUGAUAGUGAAAGAGUUAGGACUUGAAAGAUGUCGGAACACGAAGAUCGGUGGUGGUUUUGGUAAAGGAAUAUCAGGGGGAGAAAGAAAAAGAACAAGUAUAGGCUAUGAAGUUCUUAUUGAUCCUUCACUUCUAUUACUAGACGAACCAACUUCAGGCCUUGAUUCGAACUCGGCUAAUAGGCUUCUUCUUGUUCUCAAAGGACUUGCCAAGGCAGGACGAACAAUAAUCACAACAAUACACCAGCCAUCAAGCAGAAUGUUUCACAUGUUUGACAAACUUUUGCUGAUAGCAGAAGGCUAUCCUGUAUACUAUGGGAAAGCUAAAGAAUCAAUGGAAUACUUUUCAUCUUUGAGAUUUACCCCACAAAUUCCCAUGAACCCUGCAGAGUUCUUGCUUGAUCUAGCAACAGGACAAGUCGGCGACAUAAGUCUUCCCGAAGAUCUAUCGACAUCUCAAGGCUCUCUUGACACAGACAAAUCAAUUAUCAAGUAUCUGCAACUCAAGUACAAAACUCAAUUGGAGGGUCAAGAAAGAACCAAGAAUGAAGCUGCAAAGACACCAGAGCAUCUACAACUAGCUGUACAAGUAGGGAAAGAUUGGACAAUAAGCUGGUGGGAGCAAUUUAGGAUUGUUUCAAAGAGAACAUUCAAAGAAAGGAGUAAGGAUUACUUUGACAAGCUAAGGCUACUUCAAGCAGUUGGAGUUGCAUUGUUGUUGGGACUUCUUUGGUGGAAAUCCAAGAUUGACACCGAACCUCAACUACGAGACCAGAUCGGCUUAUUGUUCUACAUUUGCAUAUUUUGGACAUCUUCAUCAAUCUUUGGAGCGGUAUACGUGUUUCCAUUUGAAAAGCUCUAUUUGGUGAAAGAACAAAAAGCGGAUAUGUAUCGACUAAGCGUGUACUAUGUGAGCAGCACGUUGUGCGACAUGGUUGCACAUGUGCUCUAUCCAACAUUGUUCAUGCUGAUUCUAUACUUUAUGGUUGAUUUCAAGAGAACAGUUUCAUGUUUCUUGCUAACAUUGUUUGCAAUAUUAUUGGUAGCUGUGACAAGCCAGGGGGCAGGAGAAUUGUUUGGAGCUGCAGUUUUGAGUAUUAGAAGGGCUGGGAUGGUUGCCUCUUUGAUACUUAUGUUAUUUCUUUUAACAGGAGGCUACUAUGUACAGCAUAUACCGAAGUUCAUGCGGUGGAUGAAGUAUGUAUCAUUCAUGUAUUAUGGGUUCAGACUACUCCUAAAAGUGCAAUACUCGGGAGAUCAGUUAUAUGAGUGUCAAACCACACAAGGCUGCAGAACUCUGCAGUCUUCUUCUUCCUUCGACACUGUUAACCUCAAUGGUGGCUUACAAGAGGUCUGGAUUCUCCUAGCCAUGGUCCUCACCUACAGAAUAUGUGCCUACUUCUGCUUGCAUAAAAGGAUCAGCCAAUCUAAUAUUUGAACACAAAAACACCAUUACCAUGUAAAAUAUGAGCUUAAGACAGGUUCUCAUGGAAACCAUUUUAAUAUUCAUUUGUCCAAUCCUUUGUACUUCAUCCAAUUCAGAAGACAAACUAAAACAUUCAGUCCACAUUUAGUCUUUUCAAUGCAUUUAUGAUACACAUGUGUUCUUCUCACGCUGGACUUACUCGGUUCUUAGAUUAUGAUAGCCAUGUUACUUCAUGUACUUCUGCAAGAAUUUUCGGUGGAAGUCAUUCCUAAUCGUGUCGUUUAUAAAGCGCUUAGGAGUCUUUGAUUCACCACGGGCCUGAUU